AGAAUAAAAAAAAAAAUAUAGUGACAUUAUCAUGUAAGUGAGGUUAUGUUUAAAGUUUGCAAUUUUUCAUGUUAAUUUAGGAAUAUAGUCAGGCAUUUAUUACUGUUGCCAUGUCUCUUGUGUUAACAAAAGCUGCACUGGCUUUAAAGAAUGCUGAAAGCAACUUUCAGUUUGUGAAAUUUGAAUCUUACAAACCCAAGAAAAAGCAAACAGCUGAUAACAUGGAAAUAGAUACUGGAAAAGUCACUCAAACAUUCUCUAAACCAAAUAAAGAUUUAGACCUCAAGAAAAUAAGACACGAAGUAUAUAAAUUCGGAAUGUCUGGAUUUGAUCCCACAAAAAAACAGGAAGCCAAAAUAGCUUUAGCUGUGAGCUUAGGAGCAAAGCCCCCAAAACGUGAAUAUGUCAACUAUAAAGAACUCAUGCAAAAGAGAAAACUGGAAAAACAGAAAGAGAAAGAUGACCAAGUAGCGAUCAAUAAUAAAAAUAUUUUGCAAAUGGGUGUUAAGAAGAAAAAGAAGACCCAGAAUGAUGUCGGACACUUUUUAAGUGGCUAUGGAAAGGCCUCUCCAAUUGCACGCCACUCAGAUCGAUUUUGGGCUACUCGCAUCCAGCUCCUGCCAGCCACCUUGCGCAAAUCGUCACUCCAAAAUUACGGGCAAAACCUUCAAUGCAAACAGACCACAGUCAAAUAUAUUCCUGAAAAAUAUUUGCCUCAAAACUCUCAAUAUUUUACGAAAAUUACGAGGCUUCACACUGAUUUAUUAAUUCGUUCACGUGAGUUGGACACUGUUAAUGUCAGAAAAGUUUGCGAAUGGGUCACCAGAAAACUGUACAAGGCGCCCAACCUAGGACCGGAUUUAAGGCUUAUUGAUAUACGACAAAGCCUGCCGACUAUCCUGCGCUUGCUCUUACUGAGACAUUUCAAAACGGUUUACGGAUGCUGA